AUGUCUGAUCAACCUGUCAACCCUCUUAUUAAUUUGACUUCGGCUAUCUUCCGGGGGGUAUCUGGCGCACCCAGCCGUUCAAAGACGGUAGCCCCGGAACCUAUUCCCCAAACACCACCACCGGCAGCGGUUACGUCCAGAGCGGCAUCAACAGAGACCGCAAGUGCUAGUUUGAAGAGUGGUCAAGGCGGCAACCUUAUCUACCAUAAGGAACACCGUCCAGUUCCUCAUAACUCGCAAGAUCCUAGAGCAAAGCCUCGUAAAGGAUUAGAGAAGCAACAGGAUAGCUCUCGUGAGGAGUCGAACAUGGAGGAAUCACUAUUGGAUAGAGAUGAUCCUAUCGAGGUGGACGAUGAUUAUGUGGAGGUGUCUUCCGAUACCAUAAGCAGGGAGGAGCAAAGAGUGCGCCCUUCUGGAAGGACGCAUCUCAAGUCCUCCAGAGAUAAGAGAGAAAAGUCUUCAUCGCACUCCGCCGCCUAUAGAGGGCCACCACGACACCCCCGGGACAAAGCAGCGGACAUAACACUCCUCUACAAAGAACAGAACGCCAAACUCCUUGAAGCCGAAGGUACCAUCCGUGAAAAAGACAAGAAGAUAAACGCCUUAACAGAAACUAUAACCCGUCUGCACCACCUCCGAGAGGGUGGAACCCCUCGAGAUGAUAACUACUUAACCGCCCAAUUCUCUGACAUCACAAACUCGAUUACAGCAUGGACUGUGACCCACUUCCGUAAGAGUCAAUGGCAAACGAUCACAGACCUUGCCGAACUACCAGCAGAUUUGGUGCAACUGGUGGGGAAUGUUGUGCAUGAUUCCACAAAUAUCUUGGGAUCUAUAAAGUCGAGGCGGGAUCUUAUAAAUGCGAUUGUGAUCCAUACUAUAUUCCUCUAUUUAUUUAGGCCCUUUCUUUUUGGCGCGCAUGAGGCUGGAAAUCACCUACUUGCCGUAUGGCCUCAACUUCAAGGAACUGAUUUUCAAAUUCAACGUUGGCGUGCACUUACUGUCAACCUGCUCGCUCAAGGCCCCGCUUAUGAACACCAAUGUAAUCAGGACGUCUCCUCAAUCGCAGUAACUCUCGCCAAGUUGUUAGCACACCUGGCACCUAUAGAAUCCGACGCGGAAUCUAGAGAUGCUGAUCUUCUUAAGAUUGUGGGCCGUGCAGCCGCUUUGUCUAUAGAGAUACGCAAGCAAUCCGACCUCAUCUACCUCAUACCCGUAGAACCCGGAGCGCUGUUCAAAUCAGACUUCAUGGAAGACCUCAAUUGCGAGUAUGAACUGGACGAAUUAGAGGGAAAGGCAAUUGUGCAGGUUCCUAUUUUCCCAGCCGUCAUGAGAAGAUCUUGUCCACCAGGUGGAAUGUUGGAUGCGCCACACAAUUUGAUGAAGGCAAGGGUCACGACUAUGUUCGUCGAUAACGAGUAG